AAAUACAACUCCUUUUCCUUCCCACAAAGAUGGAAACUUUCUGCUCAAAUUUUGAUCUUGGAUCAUCAAUCCCCUUUUCAAUCUCCAAAUCUUUGAUUAAUCCAACUACAAAAUCAUUUUUUUCCUGUAGAUUUUCACCCUUAAAUCAUGGUAAAACACCAAGAUUUAAAGGGGUUGUUCCACAAGCUUUAAGCAGAAAGGAGCCUAUUGAACAGUUCGAGAAGAAUGAUUUUCUUGAAAAGAAUGAAAAUUUGGUGAAAUGGGUAGGAAAAGGAUUUGUUGGAUUAGCUGCUGCUUUGUUUUUGUGUUGUAAUUCUCCAGCUUUGGCUGAGUCUCUUACUGUUGCAUUUCCUGUCUCUCACACACCUGAGGUAAAUACAGUUCAGAGGACAUUAAUAGAGGCUUGGGGUUUGAUUAGAGAAACUUUCGUAGAUCCUACUUUCAAUCAUCAAGAUUGGGACUUGAAACUGCAACAAACAAUGGUAGAAAUGUUUCCCUUGAGGUCAGAAGAUGCUGCUUAUAGCAAAGUCAGGGGAAUGCUAUCUACGCUUGGAGAUCCCUAUACGCGCAUUAUUAGUCCUAAGGAGUACCAAAGUUUUAGAAUAGGAAGUGAUGGAAACUUGCAAGGUGUUGGCCUCUUCGUCAGUGUUGAACCGAACACAGGGCAUCUGGUUGUGUUGUCAUGUGUGGAGAAUAGCCCAGCUGCACGUGCUGGUAUUCGUGAAGGAGAUGAACUGCUUGAGAUAAAUGGGGAGACGCUUGAUGGAGUUGACAGUGAAACAGCAGCUCAGAAACUGAGGGGCCGUGCUGGUACAAUUGUUACAGUCAAAGUUCACAGUGGUAAUGCUCCAGGAAUAUCUGGUUACAAAGAGGUUAAACUACCUCGCGAAGUGAUUAAGCUUUCGCCAAUAUCCAGUGCCAUCAUCCCCCAUAAAAUGCCUGAUGGUCGUCUCUUAAAAACUGGAUAUGUGAAGUUGUCAAGCUUCUCUCAGUCUGCUGCUAUGGACAUGGAAAACACAAUUCAGGAAAUGGAAACUCAGGGUGUACAAUCAUAUAUAUUAGAUCUUCGGAAUAAUCCUGGAGGUCUGGUUACUGCCGGGCUAGAUGUUGCCCAGAUAUGGCUAGAUGGCGACGAGACACUUGUGAACACUAUAGAUAGGGAUGGAAAUAUGUUACCAAUUAGCAUGGUUGAUGGACAUGCUGUAACACACGAUCCACUAGUCGUCCUCGUGAAUGAGGGCAGUGCAAGUGCUAGUGAGAUUCUGGCUGGGGCACUCCAUGAUAAUGGCCGUGCGAUCCUUGUUGGGCAUAAGACUUUUGGCAAAGGAAAGAUACAGAGUGUUACACAGUUGCACGACGGAUCAGCUCUAUUUGUUACAGUGGCCAAGUAUUUAUCUCCAGCACUUCACGACAUCGAUCAAGUGGGAAUAACACCUGAUGUUCAGUGUACAGUUGACAUGCUUAAUUCACCCAAAGACGCCUUCAAGAACAAGAGUCCAUCCUCAUCUUUGGAGGCUGAUUCUUGCAUCAUUGUUGCAGAACAUGAAUUGGAUAUUCAAAAAUCCGAGGGCUCUGCUUCUUGACUAGUUAGGAAUACCAACAGUCUAUUGCAUUUGUAGCAUACUAAUCAUUGUAUAGUAGGAGAUUUAAAAUGGUAGGAAUGGUUUAUGAAUAUAAACUAUAUUGUAUAGAAGUAAAGGUAACAUAAGUACAAUCCAAUGAUCAUAAGCAGUAUUCUUUUCGGUUCAUAAUAAGUGAUUUUCGGCUAUUGGCACA